UACAGCUCGAUUUCUGCUCAACUGAUUCAUCUCACACUUCCAACGGCCGAUUUAUUAAAAAACACCCCGACCAAUGAUUCGCCGGCCGAUCUACGACUGCUCCGCCGCAUCUCGUCACCUAACAUCAUCGUUAUCGACAUUCUCGCGUUUUAUAUUCUAUUCUUCAUCUGAACAUGAAGCUCGAAAACCGAAGGCCUCGGCUUUGGUAUCGAAUCCGAACCCUAAAUCCCCAAUCGGGUCUCCGACUCGGGUUCAAAAGCUCAUAGCUUCGCAAUCGGAUCCUCUCCUCGCCAAAGAGAUUUUCGAUUACGCUUCUCAACAGCCCAAUUUCCGCCAUUCUCGAUCUUCUCAUCUCAUCCUCAUUCUCAAACUCGGCCGUGCUAGAUAUUUCAAUCUCAUCGACGACGUUCUCGCCAAACACAGAUCAAGUGGUUAUCCGUUAACCGGAGAAAUAUUCACAUAUCUGAUCAAAGUCUACGCAGAAGCAAAGCUACCGGAGAAAGUUUUAAGUACGUUUUACAAAAUGCUGGAGUUCAAUUUCACGCCGCAGCCAAAACAUCUGAAUCGGAUUCUAGAGGUUCUUGUAAGCCAUAGAGGUUAUCUCCAGAAAGCUUUUGAGCUUUUCAAGAGUUCACGGCUUCACGGAGUAAUGCCUAACACGAGAAGUUAUAACAUAUUGAUGCAAGCUUUUUGUUUGAAUGAUGAUUUGAGUAUUGCAUACCAACUGUUUGGUAAAAUGCUUGACAGAGAUGUUGUCCCUGAUGUGGAGUCUUAUAAGAUUUUGAUAAAAGGGUUUUGUAGGAAAGGGCAAGUGAAUGGUGCUAUGGAAUUACUGGAAGAUAUGUUGAAUAAAGGAUUUGUUCCCGAUAGAUUGAGUUAUACGACAUUGUUGAACAGUUUGUGUAGGAAGACGCAGCUCAGAGAGGCUUAUAAGCUUUUAUGUAGGAUGAAGUUAAAAGGUUGUAAUCCUGAUCUUGUUCAUUAUAACACGAUAAUUCUCGGGUUUUGUAGAGAAGAUCGCGCGAUGGAUGCUAGGAAGGUUCUUGAUGAUAUGUUGUCUAAUGGUUGCUCGCCUAAUUCGGUCUCUUAUAGGACAUUGAUUGGAGGAUUGUGUGAUCAAGGAAUGUUUGAUGAAGGGAAGAAGUAUCUACAAGAGAUGAUAUCGAAGGGGUUUUCUCCUCAUUUCUCGGUUUCGAAUUGUUUGGUUAAAGGGUUUUGCAGCUUCGGGAAAGUCGAAGAAGCGUGUGAUGUGGUAGAGGUUGUGAUGAAGAACGGAGAAAUAUUGCAUUCAGACACUUGGGAGAUGAUAAUUCCAUUGAUCUGUAAAGAAGAUGAGUCGGAGAAGAUCAAACGGUUUCUUGAAGAUGCUGUAAAGGAAGAGAUAACCGGCGAUACCAGAAUUGUUGAUAAAAUCAUAAAAAUGCCGGAGAUCGAACAAGACGAUGCGGCGGGGGAGACGGUGGAUCCCUCCACCGUUAAAUUUGGUACACCGGAAGCACUUGAGUAUGUACGGUCGCUCACGGACGUUGGCGCGAUGACGCGUCUUCUUCACGAAUGUAUUGCUUACCAGCGAAGCUUAGACUCAGAUCUCGACACGCUUCUAUCGCAGCGGACGGAGCUGGAUCGGAAUCUCGUUCAGCUUCAGAGAUCCGCCGAGAUUCUCGAUAUCGUAAAAGCGGAUGCAGAUCACAUGCUCGGAAAUGUUCGAUCGACUUGUGAUCUCGCGGAUCAGGUCAGUGGCAAGGUGCGAGAGCUCGAUCUCGCUCAAUCUCGUGUUAAUGUUACUCUCUCCCGCAUCGAUGCAAUUGUCGAGCGAGGGAAUUGCAUCGAAGGCGUGAAGACUGCUUUGGAAUCGGAGGAUUAUGAAUCUGCUGCGAAAUUUGUACAGAGAUUUCUCCAGAUCGAUUCGCAGUAUAAGGACUCUGGUUCUGACCAGAGAGAACAGCUUCUCACGUCGAAGAAGCAGCUUGAAGGUAUUGCGAAGAAGAAGCUCUUAGCGGCAAUAGACCAGAGGGAUCAUCCUACAAUUUUGAGAUUCGUGAGACUGUAUUCUCCAUUGGGAAUGGAGGAAGAAGGUCUACAGCUUUACGUUGGUUACUUGAAAAAGGUCAUUGCGAUGAGAGGAAGGAUGGAAUAUGAAAAUGUGGUUGAGCUUAUGGAGCAAGGACUCGGACAGGCUAAUUUCGUUGGGUGCUUAGCCAAUUUGUUUAAAGAUAUUGUCAUGACUAUUGUAGAAAACGAUGAGAUCUUGAGGGGUCUUUGUGGAGAAGACGGUGUUGUUUAUGCGAUUUGUGAAUUGCAAGAGGAAUGUGAUUCUAGAGGUUCGUUGAUCUUGAAGAAGUACAUGGAGUUUAGAAAGUUAGCUAGAUUGGCGUCUGAUAUUAACAAUUCUCCGAAUCUGAAUCUUCUUGCUGGUGGUGCUUCUGAAGGACCAGACCCGAGAGAAGUUGAGCUGUAUGUGGAAGAGAUACUGUCACUGAUGCAGAUUGGUGAGGAUUAUACCGAGUUUGUGGUGUCAAAAAUCAAGUCUUUGACGUCGGUAGAUCCUGAAUUGUUGCCAAGGGCUACAAAGGCAUUUAGAAAUGGAAGUUUUUGCAAAGUGAUUCAGGAUGUGACAGGAUUCUAUGUGAUACUAGAAGGGUUCUUUAUGGUUGAGAAUGUGAGGAAAGCUAUAAGGAUCGAUGAGCAUGUACCUGACAGCCUUACCACUUCAAUGGUGGACGAUGUGUUCUACGUGUUGCAGAGUUGUCUGAGGAGAGCGAUUUCAACUUCAAACAUCAGUUCUGUGAUUGCUGUGUUGAGCAAUGCUGGUAGCUUGUUGGGCAAUGAUUACCAUGAAGCUUUACAACAGAAGAUUAGAGAGCCAAACCUUGGUGCUAGGUUGUUCUUGGGUGGUAUCGGUGUGGAAAACACCGGAACUGAGAUUGCAACUGCUUUGAACAAUAUGGACGUGAGCUGCGAGUACAUUGUCAAACUAAAAAUUGAAAUCGAGGAGCAAUGUACUGAGGUGUUUCCUGCACCAGCAGAUCGAGAGAGGAUAAAAUCAUGUCUAUCCGAGUUAGGCGAGUUAAGCAACACGUUCAAGCAAUUACUCAACUCAGGCAUGGAGCAGCUAGUGGCAACCGUAACACCAAGAAUCCGUCCGGUUCUAGACACUGUAGCUACCAUAAGCUACGAGUUAACAGAAACUGAGUACGCAGAGAACGAGGUGAAUGACCCGUGGGUCCAAAGACUUCUCCACUCGGUCGAAACAAAUGCCGCGUGGCUCCAACCACUCAUGACAUCCAACAACUACGACUCGUUUCUGCAUCUCAUAAUCGAUUUCAUAGUUAAGAGACUCGAAGUCAUAAUGAUGCAGAAACGGUUUAGCCAGCUUGGAGGGCUUCAGCUUGACCGGGACACAAGGGCUUUGGUUAGCCAUUUCUCGGGAAUGACUCAAAGAACAGUGAGAGAUAAGUUUGCUCGGUUAACUCAAAUGGCGACGAUACUGAACUUGGAAAAGGUCUCAGAGAUUUUGGACUUUUGGGGAGAGAACUCAGGACCCAUGACUUGGAGACUCACACCAGCUGAGUUUCUUACAAUGUCUCGACCAAUCCCUAUUGAAGAAAUGGUGAGACUGUUUAAAUCGCGUCACACAACAUCUCACUUGUUCAAGAUAGACAACUUCUCUUUACUCAAAAAGUAUGGAAUCGAAAAGGUCGAAUCCUCUGUUUUCGAUCUCGCUGGUCACAAAUGGACACUCUCUGUGUACCCAAAUGGGCAUAAAAGUGCUAAGGGGACUCAUGUCUCCAUCUUCUUAAUGAAUCAAGUUUCAGUAAAUGUUUUGCUUACAUAUAAGCUCUUUGUCGUCAGUCAACUAGAGCGAAAAUGGCACAGCAAGAGCAAAGACCAAUUUGAUACAAAUCCAGAACCGAGUACUGAGGGGUUUUAUGAGUUCAUAAGUCUUGCUGAUCUUAAGAAAAACGGUUACCUUAUUGGGGAUUGUUGUCUGUUUGGUGUCAAGUUUUAUGAGAUUGAACCUGCUAAUCCCGGGACAGCAGAAUGUUUUAGCUUAAUUGAGAAGCCUCUUAAUCACAAAGUUACCUGGAUGAUGAGCAAGUUCUCGUCCUUCAACCCUGGAAAGGCUCAUCAGUCUAAUGAAUUUGUCGUUGGAACCAGGAAAUGGAGAAUUGAAGUUCAUCCAAGAGGGUAUGAUGAGGAAAAAGACAAAUCAUUUUCUGUGUAUCUAUCCGCAGAAGGGUUUGUCAAGAAUGCACCAAACACAAAAACUUACGCGAGCUUCAAGCUGCGGGUAUUGGAUCAAGUUAGCUGGAAUCAUGCUGAGAGAGCAGGUACGGAGUGGUUUGAUGCAGAACCUGAGCAAAGUGGCUUCGCGGAUUUCAUGCCUUUGGGGAAACUAGAUGAACCUUAUUUGUUGAAGGAUAAGCUUUAUGUGGGAGUUGAGUUUGAAGUCAUUUCUACCACUAAUUACUGUUAGCUUCUUGGCUUUAAUAAGCCUUAUUGUGAGCUAAAUAUAGCAAGAAAUAUUAUAAUGUAUUGAAUAAAAUGCUGGAGAAUGU